GUGACACGCCUGUGAUCGCGAAUGCAUUGCUUUUUAUUUCGCGCCAUUGACACCCGGUUGCCAUUGCCACAUUCAUGACAUUAUUUGUUUCCAAUAUUUGCAUGUAGCUCAUUGUCGGGCUUCAUUUCCUGAACUUUGUGUGACGGUUUGGAUAGUACAAGAAAGAAACAUUUCACUCGUAAAUGAUAAUACCAUAAUGGUCAUCUUUCAAGCUUAAGGAUCACAUUCUCAACGCACGGUCUCAACGGUAAAUGUUCAUUUGAUAUAAACCUCACAAUGGCAGCACCAUCAUGGAAUGGAGAAAUUCUCCCCGAUAGUCGUUCUUAUUCAAACAUGCGUCGCAAGCUCAUACAAGAAAUACAGAACUCUAAACCUGACAACGUCUGUGUCAGGCCUCUCAAGUGCACAACAUCCAUAACUUAUCAAGCCAUGGUAAUCUUCAUUAUUACGAUGGGGUUAUUCGGCAAGGCAACGUCAUUCGAACUUCACACUGAGAGAUUCGUGAAAGUGGUGCGUGGCAGAAAUGCGUCACUGAUCUGCAGCUUCACAGAUCCUGCUGAUGCCGUCUACUGGUACAAGCACAACUCCACCGGAGCUCCUGAUGAUGACGCCGAACUUGUUGCCCGGAAAUUCCUGGGAAGAUCGGAUCCUUUGCCAGGGAUAGAGAGGUUCAGAAUCACGAAAGACUACAGACUUCUGAUAAGUGAGGUCUCCAUUGCGGACGAGACCACCUAUUCGUGUUUCGUUGUUCCUCAGGCGGGGUUACCGAAACGGGGCUACACGGACCUGAGAGUCAUAGUUUUGGCAGAUUCCGAUGGACCAAAAAUUGGCUCUUGCAACACCAUUGUACCGGGAGAAUGUACAUACAAUGUUCCAACGGAUCCUCCUGAAGAAGUCGUGUUCGUUUGUGAACUUUGCAGUGUUCGUCCUUCAGUAAACCUGGCAUGGGUGAGGAGUGACGACAGAGUGAUGGAACAAGCUUUAGGACCACUAAUUGUUGAGAAGGAUGGACUGUACGACGUCGUAUCAAUUCUUAAGGUUCCUAAGUCCGGGUUUGAAUAUCACUAUUUAUGUCAAGCUACAGGGGACGCAGUUCAAAAUGCAUCAUCAACGAAAGUUACGUUCGAAGAGGGAACAGUUUUAGUGUCUGGCUGGUCAGAUACAAGUGUGCUUGGUGUCGUGGUUGGACUAGUGGUCGUCAUUGGGAUCGCAGUGGUGCUAUCUCUCUGGAUGUUCUUACGGGGUAAGCAUGCUCAAGCUCGAGCUAAGGCCACAAAGCGAAAUCGGCUAACUCUAGACAUGGUAAAAACUGAUCCAGAAUCGAGUCUUCCAGAUAAACAAGAUGGAGAACAAGAUAAUCUUAAGAGUCUGCAGGGUGAAAAUGUGGAGAACGAACAUGAAGAAGAAAGGGCUAAAUUUGAACAAGAAGAAAAGCAGUCAUUGGAAUCGAUACUGAAGGAGUAUGAGUUAAAUAAAAAAGAACUUGAGCGAGUCAUCUCAAAACAGAAAAGUCGGAUAGGAGAGUACGAGAAAAACGAGAUCCAAUUGAACAUGUUGAAACGAAAGGUUGAAGAAUUGGAGCAAGAAAGGGAGAGGGACAAAGCAAAAUUCGAAGAACAGCAAUUGGUGGAAUUGAAGUUGACACGAGAGAACCAGACCUUAAAGGAAAUCAGAGAGGCAAGAUUUCAGAUGCAGUCAUUUCCUGAAAAUGAGUUCGAAUAUGUGUGGAAUCGCCCCAUAGCUGAAGACGAGGUAGCUAAGCGACCAAGCAUUCAGGGUGAACCAGCUGUACGACGCAAAGUGAAGGCCGCAGACCAAUCGAAAAGCGUAUCAGGAAAGCGAAUCGGAACAGAGGAUCGAAUACGGAGAAAAAAGUAAUAAAUAUUUUCUUACACUAGAAAAACAACGUAAAGUCAAUUCCACUAUCCGAAAACUUUUGAAAGAAGAUGAUAUUAUUGAAGACGAAAAAGAAAUUUUACAAAACAUUAAACACUUUUACAGGCAGCUGUAUACAAAACAAAACGUUAACAUAACAGAUGAGAAUGCAAAUAAUUUUUUUUUAAUCAUGUGAAGGACUCCUCACUGGACAUGAGUGUAAGAAAGUAUUGACGGAAAUGAAAUGUGGAAAGUCUCCGGGGAAUGAUGGACUCUCCAAUGAAUUUUAUAUUACUUUUUGGGACAUUGUCAAGGAUUCCUUACUUGUGUCUUUGAAUUUUUCUUUUCAAGAAAAUGAAUCGUCAGCAAGUCAAAAGCAAAAUGUCAUAUCUUUAAUUUAAGAGGUAUAUCAGUUGGUACCAGUGAAUUAAAGCUGUCUUUAUACGCAGACGAUUUUUGCUCAUUUUUUCAGAUGUAAAUUCUCUGAGCUCAUUAUUUGAUAUUAUGCAACAGUUUGAGAAGUGUUCAAGUUUAACAAUUAAUUUAAAUAAGACAGAAAUGUUAAAGAUUGGAAAUGUGUCGAAUGCAGUUUUCCGACAUAAUUUCAAUUUUGUAGAUACUAUAAAUGUGUUUGGUACUUUUGUGGGUACUGGAUCAGAUACUGCGCAAGUUAAAAAAGCAGAAGAAAUACUUUUAUCAAUACAAGUUACUUUAAACAUGUGGCAAAUUAGAAGCCUAACUUUAUUCGGUAAAAUUCAAAUAAUUAAAUCAUUUGGAACUGUAUAAGCUGUAAUUUUCGCGGGGGUUUUAUUUUCGCGGAUUUCGCGAAUUGCCGAUCGGCCGCGAAUUUAACAACACGCGAAAAUAUUGACACACUUCUUAGUCAGUGCCAAUGUCCCCAACAGCAAAGCUUUGCUAUUUAAAACAUACUGUGUAGUGAGAAAAUGGAGAUAUGCACCUCUAUAUGUACAAAAAAUAAGGCUUAGAAAGUACAGUUAGUGAUUCAAAAAGUUAGCUAGAAUUUCACUUUUUUUAAUUUCUCAAACAAAAUCAUAGCCUAAAGUAUUUUCUAACAUUAUUUUAUCAAUAUCUAUACACUCACUGUAAUAUUAAAAUGUAUUUUCCAUGAAAUAAUUUGAUAUUAUUGUCAUCUGAUUGACUCUAUACACACGUAUUGGCAGCUAUUUGCAUACUCAUUAAUAUUCAUAAGUCACAUGACCAGAGCUUUUACAAGUGAAGAUUCUGUUCACAAAAUUCCACAUUUUUGCACUUUUACCAACUUUUUGAAAAAUGAAUAGAACAAAACACAAUUCUAAAGAUUGCUUAACCCUAUAAAUUACAGAUCAAACUGUGGCAUGAUGAAUUUUCAGAUCUAAAGGUAAAAAAAUUGAAAUUUAAGCCACCUUUUUCCACAGUUUGUAACUGUUUUUACAGGGACAUAUUUAUGUACAAAACACACAUCAGCAUGGAUACUUUAAGAAGUAGAGAUUUGCACGUGAUUUGCUCUAGUUUUACUUCUUUUAAAUGCUGUGGAAAUGUUUUCUACAUCUUCCGAUCGCGAAUUUAACAACCCGCGAAAAUGUCGGGACCCCCGCGAUUCGCGAAAAUAACAGCUUCUACAGUAUCCAGAUUAAUCUAUUUAUUUUCAUCCACUCUUUUACCUGAUUGGUUUCUUACAAAAUUAGAGAGGGUGUUUUUCAGUUUUAUUUGGAAUGGACCCGACAAAAUUAGAAGAAACGUCAUGAUCCAGGAUCUAUCAAAUGGAGGAAUUAAGAUGGUAGGUGUGUAUUCGGCUGUUAAAGCCCAGCAGUUAUUUUGGAUAGAGAGAAUUAAACAUGCGGAUAAACAAGGAUGGUUUCAAAUUCUUCAGUAUUACCUUAAAAAGAACGGGGGAUUGUUUGUAUUCAACUGUAACUAUGGUCAUAAAAUGUUGAGCUUGGAUAUUCCUCAGUUUUAUAAAACUAUUUUACAAUGUUUGGAUUCUCUUAAUGUGAGAAACAGAGAAGAUAAUACGAAGUUCCAGAUCAUCUGGAACAAUAAACAACUGAAAGCUACUCGAGAUAUGAUCUUCUUUCGAAAAUUGUUUUUAAAAAGAAUUGUAUUUUUUAAUGACAUCCUUACUGAAGGAUGUAUUUUAAGACAAUUGUAUGAAAUGAAAAGGUUAUUUGAUUUAGACGCCAACAAUUACUUUAGAUUACAAGGACUGUAUUCUGCAUAUUUAAAGACAUUUUUUUCUAAAAUAUCAUAUACGGACUCAUUUAAGAAUGCAGCUAUAUCAAAUAUUAUACUUCCUUUUGAAUUGGUACAGCUAAACAAAAUAAAAAGUAAAAUUUUUUAUGAUCUAUUAGUAGCAGAAAGAUAUGACAUGUAUGAGCGUCCAGUAAGUACGUUUAGACUUCAAAAUAGAUAUGAUGUUUCAGAUAAAGAAUUGGUAUUUGCUCGUUCAUCUAUUCUAUUAAACACUGUCGAUGUAAAUUACAGAGAAUUUCAGUUCAAGGUAUUGAACAAUAUUUUAAAAUUGAACUAAAAGUUGUAUAAAAUGAAAGUCAUUACUUCACCUUUAUGUUCUUUCUGUAAUGCAGAAAUUGAAACGAUCGAGCAUUUAUUUUGGAAUUGUCCAUUUACACAGUUAUUUGGGAAUCAGCUAGGAAAAGAACUCACUAUGUUUGAUUUUUCAGUAUUAACGGAAAAAAGUGUAAUACUCGGUAUUUCAUCAAGAAAAUGUCUUCUUUUUAAUCAUGUUUUAGUUAUUGCAAAGAAAUCAUUUUAUCUUAGUAGAUGUAAAUCAUGUAAACCAACAGUUUCUGAUUGUGUUGAUUUGUUAACUAGAUCAUAUAAAAUAGAAAAAAUUAUAGCUAUUCGAAAUAACAAAAGGAGUGGCCACGAACGCAGGUGGCGAGACGUGAUACAGUGGUUAUCCACUUAUGUUAUGUAAUUUUUUAUAAUGUAUCAUUUGUAUUUUUUCAACUGUAUUGAAUGAAUGUAACUUGAAGUGACCAAUAAAACAUUUAAAUACAAAAUAA